GAGAAUUUUGAAGAGAAAUUUGUAGGUUUUCACAGAAGAAGAUGUGGGAAGUACACCACCAAAUAAGAUAAACGACUAAGCAGUUGCCUGCUGAGUUAAGAAGUCGAAGUUGAUGAAGGAAUGUAAGACUUUGCUGGAUAGCCCAAUCAAAUCAGAUAAGGCUCCAAACUCUGUUUGACGAAGAAGACAUGGAGACAAAAGUCAAGGUGGUGAUAAUUUCGGUGGUUGCGCUCAUAUUGCUUGUUCUUGUUCUUGGUCUUGGUCUUGGUCUUGGGCAUGCAUCUGAAAAGAAGAAAAGUCAAGAUUGUCCUCCAAUCUCACUAGAUAUGGCUCCAGACUCUGUUGAUGACAUGUACGACAAAUGUGAAGAGAAGAUGAAGGAAAAAAUAGAGACAGACUUUUUAAAAAAUGAGAAAAACAAAAAUAAAAACUUUAAAGAGGCCUGGAAUAAAGCUGAGGAAUACUACAAUAGAAAACGGGAGAAAAAUAACCUGCCACUGAUGAAAGAACAAAUCAUGGCUGCUCAUGCGUACACCCUUGAAGAACCACCUUUGUACCGUGAAUUCAACAACGCAGUCCGAACACAAAAGUCUGAGUACAAAACCAAAUUCCCGUAUCACACUCUGCACUUCUACCUCACCAUGGCCCUGCGCACCAUCAAACCCAAACCAGAAAAUUGCAUCACUGGCUACCGUAGAGCAAGCUGUAAAUUCAGGAAAGAUGUUCUCAACAAAGAGAUUCGUUUUAGUGCUUUUUCCUCCAGUUCAGCAGAUGGCUAUGGUGAUAAAAUGUUUGGUGAGGAAUCAUGCUUUGAAAUCACCACAUGUUUUGGAGCAGACAUCUCAGAGUUCUCUGCGUUUAAGUCAGAAAGAGAAGUCCUGAUCCCUCCUUACGAGGUUUUUAAAGUAACAGAAAUAAAGGAAAGCUCUGAGCACAACAAGCUUCCUUGUAAUGUUGUCUACAAACUUCAGAGCACAAAAACAACAAGUUCCAAUUUAAACUGUGCUUUUUUCAACUAGAAAUGAAAAAUUCUGCUCUUUGAGACAAUUGACCAUCUACAAAGAUUUAAUUGAAACAUUCUAGAAAUAAAAAUAACUCUGCUGGUGUCGACAUAAUUUGAUAUUUUCUCCCAAGAAAAUGGGCCUAAUCAGUUUCACACAGUGAAGUAAUUAGAUAUUAUGAUAACAAAUAUACAACAGUGAGUGUGAAUACCUAUGUAAGAUUCUGAAUGUGUUUAAAUUGUUAAGCUGAAUUUCAAUAAGGACAGAUAAUAUUGGUUUGCUCUACAACCAUUAACUUUCUUCUCUGCUUUUUUGUUUUUCAAUAAAAAGCAAGACCAAAUCAGUGCUACUAUGCCUUUUUUAUGACUCAGCUUGUGACAGCAAAUGGCCUCCCAAACUGAGC